AUGCCGAAAGUUAAAGCAGAAAAAAGAAGUCGUCAACAUCAAGAAGUGAAAAACCAAGGAAUCAUGUUUAACACUGGUGUUGGGCAACACAUCCUGAAGAAUCCACUUGUAGUGAAUGGGAUCAUAGACAAGGCUGCUCUUAGGCCAACAGAUGUAGUUCUUGAGGUAGGACCUGGCACAGGAAACAUGACAGUGAAGCUGUUAGAAAAAGCUAAAAAGGUUGUGGCUUGUGAGUUGGAUGGCAGGUUGGUGGCUGAACUUCAGAAGAGAGUACAGUGCACUCCAAUGCAAAGUAAACUCCAAAUUCUAGUGGGUGAUGUUUUGAAAACGGAUCUUCCUUUCUUUGACGUCUGUGUCGCAAAUUUACCGUACCAGAUUUCAUCACCUUUUGUCUUCAAACUUCUGUUACAUCGCCCAUUCUUUAGAUGUGCAGUGUUGAUGUUUCAAAGAGAGUUUGCAAUGCGUUUAGUGGCACCACCAGGAGACAAGCUUUACUGUAGACUGUCCAUCAACACACAGCUGCUAGCUCGAGUUGACCAUCUCAUGAAGGUGGGAAAAAAUAAUUUCCGCCCUCCCCCUAAAGUAGAAUCAAGUGUCGUCAGGAUAGAGCCCAAAAAUCCUCCUCCUCCUGUGAACUUUCAGGAGUGGGACGGCUUGGUCAGAAUAGCCUUUGUACGGAAAAACAAAACACUCAAUGCUGCCUUCAAAUCUACAGCAGUGGAGCAGCUCCUUGAGAAAAACUACAGAAUCCAUUGUUCUGUCCAUAAUGUGCCUGUACCAGACGAUUUUAGUAUUACUAAGAAGAUUGAAAGUGUUUUGCAAGAAGCAAAUUUCAGUGACAAGAGAGCUCGGUCCAUGGACAUAGAUGAUUUCAUGGUGCUACUUCAUGCGUUUAAUUCUGCGGGGAUCCACUUUUCCUAA